GGUGCAACCUGAUUGGCUGAACGCUGGAGCAGGCAACACCCACGGGGAGAUCGAAGCGAGUCGUUGGCAGAACUUCCGGCACAAUGACAGGCUGAGGUUUGAGCUUAUGUGGAGGGUCGUGUGGGAGCUACUGGUACAGUCAAAGUACAGGACUCGUAAUUAGCAACUUGGACCAUAGUGGCGGUCAGUGUCUGGAAGAUGUUGAUGAUAUGAAAUACCGAAGCUGCGUUCGCCACUGUACGCCAGCUAUGGGCAUACGCCACCCAAUUAGGGCCGGUUACUAAGUGGAGCGGCGGGGAGCAUGCGCAGUAGCUUGUUUUCGUCACCCAUUCUCCCCGCCCCUUUGGCCCGCCCCCCUCCGCUUUAACCCCGCCCCCGCCGCCCUCCGCUCUAACCCCGCCCCCCGCCGCCGGACCAGCCCCUUCCCCGGCCAAGAUGGCGGCAGGCGGCUACGCAGACUUGAGGGAGAAGCUCCAAUCGCCUCACCGCGAGAAACAGCGAUCGGCCUCGGGAGCGGCGCCUUACAACGGCCGCAAGCGGAAGCACGACGCGGAAGCGGGCGACGCCGGCCUGAUCGGGCCGUGCAGCGGCGAGGAAUACGAGCACGGCAAGUAUCACAGCGACUACGACGAUGAGCGGCUCGGAGAAGCCCGGCGGGUGAAGCAGGGCAUCCGCCAGGUGCGCCUCUUCACCGCCGACCAGUGCACCCAGAUCGAGACGCAAAUUGACGACGUGGUUUCCCGGGCCGAGAAGGGGAUUUAUCGCGAUCACACGGUAGACAGGGCCCCGCUGCGCAACAAAUACUUCUUCGGGGAAGGCUACACCUACGGCUCGCAGUUGGAGAAGCGAGGCCCCGGUCAGGAGCGUCUGUAUCCCAAGGGGGAUGUUGAUGACAUCCCUGAGUGGGUCCACAACCUGGUGAUCAAGAAGCUGGUGGAUCACCGCAUUAUCCCCGAGGGUUUCGUCAAUAGCGCCGUCAUCAACGACUACCAGCCUGGCGGCUGCAUCGUCUCACACGUGGAUCCUAUUCACAUCUUCGAGAGGCCCAUCGUUUCCGUGUCCUUCUUCAGCGAUUCGGCUCUCUGCUUCGGUUGCAAGUUCCAGUUCAAGCCCAUUAGGGUGUCAGAGCCUGUCUACUUCUUACCUGUCCGAAGAGGGAGUGUUACUGUGCUCAGUGAUUAUGCAGCAGAUGAAAUCACUCACUGUAUUCGGCCACAAGACAUAAGGGAGCGAAGAGCUGUUAUCAUACUCCGAAAAACAAGGACAGAUGCACCACGUUUGGAAUCAAAAUCAUUAACUAGCUCAGUGUUACCGGUUCACAUGUCCAACAGACAGUUGAAUAGUGACCGAUACCAAGCGUUGCUGAAACAAAAAAGAUCCCAUCGGAAGGCUGAUCCAGAUGCUGCACACAGGCCUAGAAUUUUGGAAAUGGACAAAGAGGAGAAUCGACGAUCUGUGAUUUUGCCAAAACACCGCAGGAGGAGUGACUGUGCUGCAGAAAAUUACUGGCGAAAGACACACGAUUGUGUGGAUGAUGAAGAUGAUGAGAGUGGUGAAGGUGGAGUAGCAGGUAGUCCUGUCCGAAAAGUAAAAAUGCGACGCCACUGAUUGGAGAGAGGAGAAUCAAAGUAGACUUUAACUUGAAGGCUGAAGGACAAGAAAUGCACUACUCAGUUCUGAAGGGGACAACUCAACAGUAACUUUCAAACUUGAAGAGAAAGUUUUUUUUUAAAAAACACUCUUUAAAACAAAAGGAUUUUAUUAAGCUCCUUGAGGGUGGAAAGUGGCAGGAGAUUGCUGUUCUGUUGCAGCCGGGUGGCCUCUGUUUCAUUCUACCUUUGUUAUCGGGUAACGUUGUAUAGCCUAUUUUCCCCUCUUUUGUUUUAUGUAUUUAAAACCCAAAAUAACUCGCACAGCUCUGUGUUAAAGCAAAUUGUUUAAAAAAUAUAUAUAUAUUAAUUAAUUUUUUUUUGUAAACUACAUUUUUUUCAAAUGAGAAGCAGCCAGAGUAUCAUGGUAUCACAUGCGCUUCUUCAAACUUCAGCGCUUCCAUUGUUAGGGUUGCAGGUUUUGGAAAGUUCCCAAACCUAUGUUAAAUGUAUUGUUGCAGAGGAACUCUUACUGAGAGGAAUUUUUGUUUCUAUGUAGGGGGAGGAAAAAACACGUGUGUUGGCUUGUAACAAAGUUGUACAGUUCUAGAAAAAAUUUAAUGUACGCAAAAGAAUGAGUUAUGUAAAUGAAAAUAGGUAUUUUAUGUAAAAAAAAACAAAAAAACUUUUAAUUUGGGUAACUGUCAAAAAGAGAGUUUGCCUGUCAGCAGGGCCUUUGACCUGGAUGCUUGCUUUAUUUCUUGUACAAAUGCUAAAUUUGAUUAAAUGCAAAGAGCAUCACUUUAACUUGAGUGUUAUGUCUAAAUUUCUGGACAUUUAAAAAUAAUAUGAAUAGUGUUAACACUGAACUCCAUUAAAAAAAACCCUGCAGAUGCUAGAAAUCCUGUAAUAACAAGAAAAUGGAAAUGCUUGGGUCAGGCAGCAUCUGUUGCAAGAGAAACAGAAUUAUUGUUUUGGUUUGAUGACCCUUUCACCACACAUGCUGCCUGCAUUUCCAGCAUCAUUUUCAUUAUAAGACUGAUAUUGUGACUCACUCACUUCAAUUGAAUGUUA